AUGACCAUAGAUAACUACGACAACAGUAAACAGGAUAGCAGCAAAUACGAGGUUAGUGGUACGGGUGAUGGCAGGAACGGCGAUGGCGGCUUGCCUCUAGUACAAUGUGUCGCAAGAGCUCGUAUCCCAACCACACAGGGUCCGGAUAUCUUUUUACAUCUUUACAGUAACAACAGGGACAACAAGGAACAUCUAGCCAUUGUGUUUGGUGAAGACAUACGGUCGCGCUCGCUAUUCCGUAGAAGACAGUGCGAGACGCAACAAGAUAGAAUGAUCAGGGGCGCUUAUAUUGGCAAACUGUAUCCCGGCAGAACUGUGGCAGACGAAGACGAUAGACUCGGAUUAGCUCUGGAGUUUGAUGAUAGUACAGGUGAGUUAUUAGCUUCCAAAGCCACUACAUGGGACGCCCAUAACGACACGCUGGUACGGAUCCAUUCUGAAUGUUACACCGGUGAAAACGCAUGGAGCGCCCGUUGUGAUUGUGGUGAACAAUUCGAUAGGGCCGGUAGGCUUAUCGCUUGCGACCACGAACCCACAAGCAACAUCAAAGGUGGAAACGGCCAUGGUGUUAUCGUGUAUCUAAGACAAGAGGGUCGUGGCAUCGGGUUAGGUGAGAAACUCAAGGCCUACAACCUGCAAGACUUAGGUGCUGACACAGUGCAGGCCAACUUAAUGCUGAAACAUCCCGUGGAUGCUAGGGACUUCUCGCUGGGUAAGGCUAUUUUGCUGGAUCUUGGCAUCGGUAAUGUCAGGCUGCUGACAAAUAACCCGGAAAAGAUAAAACAGGUAGAUCAUGCGCCUUACCUUAAGUGCGUUGAACGAGUGCCUAUGGUACCCAUACACUGGACAAACUCCAGUGAAGGCAUAGACUCCAAGGAGAUAGAAGGUUAUCUCAGGACCAAGAUAGAAAGAAUGGGUCAUUUACUAACGGAGCCUCUGAAACUUCAUACAAACCCUCAACCUACUGAGACAAGUGAAGCCCAAAACCAAAACCGUAUGAACUCUGCGUUGUCAUCAACAUCGACGCUGGCAAUAUAA